AUGUCGCCUUUCCAAAUGGAAACUCUACAGAAGAAAAAUGCCAUGGUGCCCCAUCACCCAGCUAAGAAACUGGCUGAAUAUUGUAACAUAUAUGACGAGAAAUCCCACUUUUUUAACACUGAAGAAACACAUGAGCCGAGAAAAGAUUUCUGUCUGUUACCCCUGGGCGGUCUCCUUAACGCACCAAUCACAGAGCAGCACUUCUGUAUAAAUAGGAGACAGGAACCCCCGCGCCAAUUGUUUUCUUUCACUUCAGGCAGACCGUUUGCUGCCAUGGCCGAGACCGCGCCUAUAGCUUCUCCCGCUGUCGCUUCACCUGCGGCAAAAGCCCCCGCCAAGAAGGCGAAGCAGGCGGCAGGAGGCUCCAAAGCCAAGAAGCCCGCGGGUCCCAGCGUGACCGAGCUGAUCACUCAGGCUGUCUCCGCUUCGCAGGAUCGCAAGGGGCUGUCCCUGGCCGCCCUGAAGAAGGCGCUGGCAGUCGGCGGCUACGAUGUGGAGAAGAGCAACAGCCGCAUCAAGCUGGGGCUCAAGAGCCUGGUGAACAAGGGCAUCUUGGUGCAGACCAAAGGUACCGGCGCUUCCGGUUCCUUCAAGCUGGGCAAAAAACCGGGCGAAACCAAAGCGCCCAAGAAAGCGGCGGCGGCCAAGCCCAAGAAGCCCAAGCUCCCAGCAGCUGCGAAGAAAAGCCCCAAGAAGCCGGCAGCCGGCACAGCCAAAAAGGCAGCAGCUAAGAGCCCGAAAAAAGCCAAGCCUGUUAAGGCCAAGAAAGUAGUGAAGAGCCCCGCUAAGGCUAAGGCGAUGAAGCCCAAGGUUGCUAAGCCCAAGGCAACGAAGGCAAACAAGGCAGCGCCCAAGAAGUAAAAUGGCUUCAAGCAGAUUGUUGCGUGAAUAAACCCAACGGCUCUUUUAAGAGCCACCCACCCACUCGGGAAAGGAGCUGA